GCUUCUGCAUGCAUUGCGUGCCGUUUAUUUCCCAUGCCCGCAAGCCUGCGUCUUGGGUCGUUACCAGGGUAACGCAAUUUGUCGUGUGACCUUGGUCCCAGUUGAGCGCCAAACUUAAAAGAGAAGAAAAACAAAAUGGCGUUUACAAAGUUCUUUGGUCUUUUAUUUAUUCUGUUGUUUUAUAGUGUUGCUUUCGCUUCAGCGUCGAUCAAUGUCGGCAAAGUGGCUGAUUUUGAGCUUAUAUCCAAAGACAGAAUACACGAUGGGAAAUCCAAACUGGAGGAGUUCACUGCGAACGCCAAAAGCAGCGAUUGCUGGAGGAAAGCCGUUCAAGGCAUCGAGAAACGUUGCAAGAGUCUUGGAGAUAUUGAACAGAGUUAUCUGGCGAUUGAUUUCACAAACUGCCAUAUGUCGAAGUCAGGAAGGAAAAUAUAUUCGUGCUCAAGGGAAACACAGUCGAUUGAGCAAUGUACGGGAUCAAUGGACGACACGACUUAUCUCGCUUACACGACAUUUUUCACUCAUACAACUAACAUCUGUUUCUAUGUUAAAAGCGAAAUAUGGCAACAAAGAACGGAAGAUACAAUCUCCAAACUGUCAAGAACUUCACAAGAUGUCGCAGAGCAGCUGGAGGAAUCUGCUGAAAGACAAUUUCUGGUACUAGAGAAGCAAAAUGUUUCACUGGAAAACCAGAAGGAGAUCAUUUCAAACGAAAUCCAUCUAUCUGAGACACUUCGAAACUCUACGUUAAAUGCUAAGAAAGCUUUUGAGGACAUGAAGCAAAACGCCCUUGAACAAAAGGCUUUGUUUUCUGAAACAUUUGAUGGGUUCUUCAAAAGUGUGGAGAAAGUCAGGAAACUUCAAUCCAUGAUUCUUGGAGAGUUCAUAAGUUUGCAAUCUGUAGCGUUCUACAUUGCUGCAGUAUGUACCUGUUAUUUCCUUACCAGUACCCCGCGUACAGCAGCAGCUAGACUUCCACUGUUUAUUGGGUUGUUUGUUCUUAUGUUCAUUGAACGGCUUAUGACAUCUUGGGGAGUGGCAGACACCCAGUCAACUGACACAGAGGUUAUUCAUGGAAGACUGUGGCUCUGUAGAAAGCUUUCUAUUAUAGUAGCCACCCUUGUGCUUAUGGUAGUGGGAUAUCAAUACCAGGACUACAAUAAAAUCAACUUUGACAUGCUUCGUAAUAUGCAACUCCAGAUUACAGAAAUGAAACGAUGGCAGGAGAAGAUCAAUAGUAUGAAGGCAAUAACAAAUGGAGAAUCACCACCACACCAGUCUUUACCAAGUACAAGCCUUUCACAACAGAGUAUCACUCAUCCCAGAUACUCAAAUCACGGCAGGCCAUGUGACAUACCAGAUGCUUCUAUGGACAACAAUGCACAAAAUCUGGGUGAUGACGAUGAUGAUGAUGAUGAUGAGUCUGAUCAUAGUUUUGUUCCCGACGAGUGGGAACUAGAGAGUUUUUCAGAAGAAAGCAGUGAAGAAGAGGAGGAAGAAGAUGAAGAACAUGAUAAGGUUGGUGGCCAGAAAAUAGAGCCUGAUAUUACAACACCAGUGACCAGGAAGAGGUCAAAAGGGACACCACAAGGGACGUCAACAAUGACCUACUCUGCAUCAUCCAGGAGGACAAGAAGUAGAGAAAGAUUGCAGGCUCCUGAUUCAAGUCCAUCUUAUCGUUACAACCUACGAUCGAGAAGAAACACUCCUUCAGAUAUUCACAAUGGCAGUUUCCUCAGCAACAUGCCCUCGCCAUCAAAACUAAAGGAGUUGAUCAAAACUGUCCAGGAGAGAUCCAGUAGGCGCUACACAGCUGUGAUACGCUCGCCCAGGAACAACAACACUGAUAACACACCAUUGUUUUCAUCCGAUGAAGAAUGCUGAAUAUUCCCUUGGUCAAAACUGUUUCUGUUUUUGCCUUUGUAUAAUGCAAACGUUAAUUCCGUUUAAUUAUCCGUGCCUUUGCCUACUGCGAUUAAGCGAUGAAAAGGCAUUUUAAAUAAAGAAAUUAUCUGAGAAAUUUCAUAGAAGUAGCUCGUUCGUGCGUAGGUUUUGUCUGUUUUUUUGUUUAAUUCCUUUUCCUUUACUGCAAAUCUGAAAUUACUGAACUUUCGCUUUUAAUUCCUUGACUUGCUAGUUAUCACCAAGAGCUGCUCUUUCAAAUAAUUCUUACAUUCCUUAUUCCUUUUUCUCGAAAAGAAAAAAAAAUGAGCGUAAACCUCAUCUCAACUAACUACGAUUUAGUCCCAUGAAUCAUUUCAAAUUACAAAGAGCAAUUUGACCAGACUGGAAGAGAUAAACAAUUACGUAUUUAGCCGAUAUCCUUUCUCAUUUAAGUAGUUUUCCGAUAUCCAGGCAGGGCAUUUUUUUAUCCUGAGAAAUGGAUUGUUCCACACUCGUCUAGAUCUCCUUUUCUGUCAUGUAAACAAUUUGAAAAUAUUGUGUAGUUAGAGUAGUUUUAAAUCUUGAGUCGUUCUUCUGGUUGCAUAUUGUUGAGGCUUAUUCACCUAUGAUAUUGUCGUCUACGUUCUCCUUGCACAGUAGUUUGUUUUAUUUCUUAAUAAACUUUUCUCAACUUUAA